GGACGAGAAUCUCGUCGAUUCGCCUCGGCAUUCGAUGCCAAAUCAGGCAUCUCGAUCCUGCUUGCUUUCAGGCUGUUGGUAUCAAGAAGGAUGAUCUGGAAGCUGAUUGUUCUUCAUAUCAAUGCAGCACUGUGCGUCACCUGCCACUAGACAUGAGAGACCCAUCAUUAGCCAUUGGUUUUUACUGCAGAGAUAAGGAUUUUGAAGACUUCUGUUCUCCUGCCACUCAGCUUGCAGAUAAAUCAGAUGGAGCCCCUUUGUUCACUAUUGUCCACAAUCUCCAACCCUCAAAACCAAUUUCGCACAAUGAUUCUUGCGCAGUUGGUACUGAUGCUUUCCGCUCAAAAAAAUUCAGUGGAAUUGAUGAUCAGAGCCAACAAGAUGAAUGGCAAAUUCUCUGAGGAGCCACAAACAAAACCUGCUUACAAAUACUGAAGUAAACUGGAAAUUUCUGUUCCCUUCCGUUAAUUCUUUGUACAUUAUUAUUAAUAUUUUUACAUGUAAACGGAUAGUGAUAAUUCAUAGCUAAACAACAGAUCAAGCCACUGAGUGGAUGGCUGAUCUUAUGUACUCCACAACACCGCCAAGUGUAUUUUUCCGUUAAUACAAAAACUAAUUUAUUUAA